UUAUAUACUACCAUUACGUUUACUGUGAAGAGAUGAUGAAUAUACUGGUGAUAUUUGUGUGUUAUAUUCUCAUUUGUACUACACCAAUACAAGGAACACCAACUUUAGAUUUGGGAACAGGGAACACAGUAGUACCAGAUAACGGUAGGCCGAUUUUAGGAACUACAACUACCUGCUUCAGCUCCACCCCUACAUUUAUAUGGGAAUUAGUGUCAGAAGAUGGACGUUCCUCCCUCUCACAGCUCCAAGAAGGACCAGUCGGUGCAGUAGGUGGUGGAACCUGUGUCAGUGAUAGUAGUUUGUACGCUGGAUCUACAUCUGUUUCUUAUGGCUCUGUUAUCCCGGCAGUGUUUGGACAGACAGUGAGGAUACGUCUCACGAUCAACAACAAUCCCGGUAUUUCUACUACCUCUACUGGGACUCUGUCAUUUAUAGUCCACUACAAUUUGACUGGAUCUUCCCAAGCUGCUACACUGAGACAGCAGUUCACAUGGACUUGUCAUAGAAAGCCUAAUCCAAACGAUACUGUUCCUGGUGUAAAAUUCUACAGAAAUGAGAAAGAUGUUGGUGGAGUUGCAGAGAUAUCAGGAUGUCAAUUUGCAGAUACUAAUACCAGAUACAGUUUUGGUUGUAUCUCAGAGACAGAGUACACUCUUACCAUUCCAAGUCAAAAUAUGACAAAGUACGAACAAAACUCGGUGUGGAGAUGUGGAUACUAUGACAGACAAACAGCUUACAGCAGUGUACAGAAACGUCUCAUAAUAGCAAUUGAUGUCAGCAGUGUGACUCUGGAGCCCCGUGACAACCCGCUUACCCUGAUGGAGGGAUCAGACCGUGAAGUCCGAUGUACUGUCAACUCCAACGCCUUCCCUACACCAACGUAUGCCUGGUUUAUUGACACGAGAGAUAUAACCAGCACAGCGGGAUCUGAUACUUCUUCCGUCAGCAUCACAGGAAUUAAGGCAGACAAUGGGAAAGUACUCCGAUGUCAGGCGACCAGUAAUAACAGAUCAAAGAACGGCAGUACUGUCCUCAAUAUUACAUACAAACCAACUAUAAGUGUUACCCCAUCUAGUCCUUACCAGAUCAAAGAAGGUGAUACAGCGGUGAUAUAUUGUGUAGUGACAGACGUUAACCCCAACACUGGGAUCAGGUGGAGCUUGACAAAGAUAGGAUACCCUGCUGUCUCAUACACGGGUCAGAACUACACAAUUCCUAACAUACAGAGAGCACAGAGAGGAACUUACCAGUGUACAGCUACAAACUCUAUAGGGACUUCUCUACCAGCCACAGUACAGGUGGAUGUACAGUACAAACCGGCUAUAAGUGUUACCCCAUCUAGUCCUUACCAGAUCAGAGAAGGUGAUACAGCGGUGAUAUCGUGUGUAGUGACAGACGCUAACCCCAACACUGGGAUCACAUGGAGCUGGACAAAGACAGGAGACCCUGCUGUCCUAUACACGGGUCAGAACUACACAAUUCCUAACAUACAUAAAGGACAGAGAGGAAUCUACCAUUGUACAGUUACAAACUCUAUAGAAACUUCUCUACCAGACGCAGUGUUGGUGGAUGUACAAUACAAACCAACUAUAAGUGUUACCCCAGAUGGUCCUUACCAGAUCAGAGAAGGUGAUAUAGCGGUGAUGUAUUGUGUAGUGACAGACGUUAACCCCAACACUGGGAUCACAUGGAGCUGGACAAAGACAGGGAACCCUGGUGUCCUAUACACGGGUCAGAACUACACAAUUCCUAACAUACAGAUGGGACAGAGAGGAACCUACCAGUGUACAGCUACAAACUCUAUAGGGACUUCUCUACCAGCCACAGUACAGGUGGACGUACAAUAUAAACCGAUAGUACAUCUAAAUUCAUCCAAUCCCUACCAUAUAACAGAACAUCGGGAUGCUGUGAUGAUAUGCUCUGUGAUUGAUGCUAAUCCCAUCACUGGAAUCACAUGGACAUGGAAGAAGACUAGUAAUUCUGUGAUUCUGAGUCAUGAGGCGACCUACACAAUCCCCAGGAUAAGCAGAGAUCAGGCUGGGGACUACAGUUGUACAGCUACUAAUACUAUAGGGAUAUCUACACCAGUUACAGUUCAAGUAGAUGUACAGUAUGGUCCUGAUGAUGUCAGAUUUACCCCAGACAUAACAACUAUGAAUAAAACAGAAAAUCAAACAGCCAAUCCUGUUGAUUGUUCCGCAGUAUGUAAUCCUGCGUGUACAUACAAGUGGACAGGUGUGAGUACAAUUAAUUCAGGAAGACUAGAUUUGGGAAUGCUGAAACGUGAUGAGAGAGGGACCUACUCAUGUACUGCUAGAAACUCAAUCAAAUCAACCUCAAGAAACCUCAAUGUUAUUGUUAACUAUCCACCAAGCAUUGAGUUAUUCCAGGCCAGUGGUCAAAACUCAGAAUAUUUGCCCUUUUCACUAAUAUGUAAUGUAGACAGUUAUCCCUUGUCCGCCAUAAAGAUUCAGAAUGUAGAGACAGGGGAGGUAAUAGCAACCAGCAGUGGACAGGAUUCAUUGGUUUUCUCAGAGACAUCUGCAGAGUGUUACCAAACUGCAAACUACACGUGUAUUGCCGAGAAUUAUUUUACUGCGAUAUUAUCUCCAAAGCAAAGGAUUUCCAUUACUUGUAAGCCACGGACUUCAGAUGGCAAAGCAAGAAUGAAUAUUGGAAUAAAAACAAAUGAAGGAUUGAAUGUAUCAACAGAUUUCAUUGGAUACCCUCUACCCAAAGUAUCAUGGACAUUUAAAAGAAAUUCAACUAACGAUGGAAUUCUUAUCCCUAAUGCAAAUAUAACAGUUUUACAACUAAAUGUAUCAGCUGUUCGUACAGCGUAUGUCAAAAGUGCUUUGACAGAAGAGGAGUUUGGAAAUUAUAUAGUUACAGGACACAACAGUGCAGGAUCCAAUGAAUUUAUUUUUGAUGUGAUGCCAGAAAGAAAGCCAGAUCUUCCACAUAGUAUAUCAGUGAAUUGUAAGCUUGCUCCAGGAACUGCAGUGGUAAGAUGGUCACCAAGUUUUAAUGGUGGGGCACCACAACAAUUCAUUGUGUCUUAUGAAUCUGCUCGAGGUCAUCAAAUUAAUUCAUCAGUCUUUUCAAAUCCAAAUGGAACAAUUGAAGGUUUACAAGGUGGAAUGCAGUAUUCCUUUCAAAUCAUUGCAUUUAAUGACAACGGAGAAACAUAUUCUGAAGAAAAGGAAGAGUGCAUAACACAAGGUUUGCCAGGAACAGACAGUCAUCAAACAGAGGUAGAUGUCGGAAGUGUUAUCGGGGCUGUUAUUGGAUGUGCUGCUCUUCUCAUCGUUAUCCUUGUACUUGUCAUCUAUCUUAGGAAGCGUUAUACCUGCAUCAUAAUAAAAUUAGAGAAAAAUAACAUAUAUAAAGAUAUAAAACCAACCAAUGCUUUGGCAGAGUCAACUGUACAGAGAGAAAGAGAUGUGUACGAAGAAAUAACAGGGAGGGAAGAUGGGCAUCAGUAUGAAGAUAUUUCCACUAAAGAAAAAAAAGAAAUUGAAAUGCAACCUUAUGAAAGCAUACAGGGAUCCAGUGGUGAAAAUAAAUAUGAAAAACUUUCAACAAUUGCUGAUAAGCAAGAUCACGACAACAAAGAUGAGACUUACUACAACUCCAAGACUUCAACAACUGCUGACGUGUACAUCAACACGUCAUUUCAGAACUAGGAAUCUAGCAUGAAAUCCAGACAAUCUUUUCAUGAAAAAGAUACAAUUUGCCACUAAUAGAGAAACACUAUGUUUAAUAAGUCUUAAAUGAACAUUGAUUAAUUGUGAAUGCCAUGAUGCAGAUUUCAUCUUAUAUGAAAUGUUUUUCUAUCUCUUGAUUUUGCCUUCUCGUAGACAGUUUAACAUUUCCCUUUUGAAAUCUUUUAGAAAGUAUGUAUCUCUGGUUUAGGUGUAGCUAAAUUAACAUUAAUAAGUUGAUGCUUAAAUAAUUUUUUGGGGGGUAAACUUUUAUUUCCAUAUGAAUAUAUACACUCUUAUACAUGUAUAUGAAUAUCUGAUUACAAAAUAUUAGUAUAUAAUAUCAUAAUGACACAAAUAACUCUAUGUCAACCUAUCUAGAUCAUUGACAAGAAUUAAAGAUCAUCAAAAAUAAAAGACCAUUUCUUCCAGUUGGUAUUGAAAUCUACAAUGUUAUUACUUUCAUAUGCAGUUGUUUUAGACUCUUAACAUACUCUUUAUUUCAUU